UUCUGUCAGCUCAGAGCGGCCAUGAAUGCCACCGGACAGCUUUGAGCUAUUCAUCAUCAUCUUCGUCGGAAGAUAGAGAAGGGAAGUGAGACGACCGGGCUCCCAAAAUUACUGCUUUUCUUCGCCGCGAGCGAGAUAUAGAAGCCCCCCGACGAUGUUGCAGUGUAUAUUCCUGCUGUCUGAUUCCGGGGAAGUAAUGCUGGAGAAACAGCUAACUGGGCACCGGGUGGAUCGCUCCAUAUGUUCAUGGUAUUGGGAUCACGCCAUUUCUCAGGGCGACCAGCAGCUGGCACCAGUGAUUGCUUCGCCAACACAUUACCUUUUUCAAAUUGUUCGCGAGGGGAUCACGUUUCUGGCGUGUACGCAAGUCGAAAUGCCACCUUUGAUGGGAAUCGAGUUUCUAUGCAGAGUAGCUGAUGUCCUCUCGGAUUACCUUGGAGGGUUGAAUGAGGAUGUGGUAAAGGAUAACUUUGUCAUCGUGUAUGAUCUCCUUGAUGAGAUGAUCGACAAUGGUUUCCCGCUCACUACAGAACCCAACAUUCUUCGAGAAAUGAUCACUCCUCCUAACAUAGUUAGCAAAGUUUUGAGUGUCGUCACCGGCAACAGCUCAAAUGUGAGUGACACACUUCCUGGUGCGACAGCAUCAUGCGUACCAUGGAGGACAACAGACCGCAAGUACACUAACAAUGAAGUAUAUGUCGAUCUUGUGGAGGAAAUGGAUGCAAUUAUCAACAGGGAGGGCAUCCUUGUAAAAUGCGAGAUCUAUGGUGAAGUUCAGGUGAACUCACAACUCUCUGGGCUUCCCGAUUUGACCCUCUCAUUUGUGAAUCCCAACAUUCUCGAUGAUGUGAGAUUCCACCCUUGUGUUCGAUUUCGACCAUGGGAGUCUCAUCAGAUUCUUUCCUUUGUUCCGCCUGAUGGACAGUUCAAGCUCAUGAGUUACAGGGUUAAAAAGUUAAAAGCCGCUCCAAUAUAUGUAAAACCGCAGUUGACCUCGGAUUCUGGGACAUGUCGUUUAAGUGUGUUGGUUGGAGUUCGGAAUGAUCCUGGGAAAAUAAUCGAUUCAGUGACUGUUAAAUUUCAACUGCCUCCUUGUGUUUUGUCUGCCGAUUUGACCUCAAAUUGUGGUACGGUCAACAUUCUCACCAACAAGUCAUGCACUUGGUCGAUAGGAAGAAUCCCAAAAGAUAAAGCCCCCUCGAUGUCUGGCACUCUAGUGCUUGAGGCUGGUUUGGAGCAUCUUCAUGUUUUGCCGACUUUCCAGGUGGCUUUCCGGAUAAUGGGCAUCGCAUUAUCAGGUCUGCAAAUUGAUAAACUGGAUCUAAAGAACUUGCCAAACCGUCCUUAUAAAGGUUUCCGAGCUCUCACACGGGCAGGGCAGUUUGAAGUAAGGUCUUGAUGGUGCAUAAUCUCCAUCGAUUCAUGUGAUGACUUGAGAGAGCUAUUUUAUUGUGUGAGCUUUCAGUCAAUAUAUUUCCGACAUGCGGAAAUUUUAAAACACUUUCAUCUUCUGAGUUUAUUUUAUCUACGUUCCAGUUAUAUUGAUUCUGAGUUUAAGGAUCAAUUGGUAUGCUCGUCAAAA